GACUCUUCAGCGAAGAAGGUAGAAGAGAUCAGUCAAUAUGGCGGACGUUCCAGCUAAUGCGCCUCAGCACUGCCCUGGUACGGGGAGUGAGGGAGCGGGUCAGGCAUCUGCCUGUCAGGGAUGCCCUAACCAAGUUCUUUGUGCUCAACCCAAAGUUAAGGAUCCAGCUAUUGUUCAGAUAAAAGAGAGACUGUCUACUGUUAAACAUAAGGUUCUGGUACUAUCAGGGAAGGGAGGUGUGGGCAAAAGCACCUUUUCAGCUCAUCUUGCACAUGGACUGGCCAGUGACAGCAAAAACCAGAUUGCUGUUCUCGAUGUGGAUAUAUGUGGACCCUCCAUUCCAAGAAUCAUGGGCCUGGAAGGAGAGCAGGUUCAUCAGAGUGGGUCUGGAUGGUCACCAGUGUAUGUGAGUGACAACCUUGCUGUGAUGUCUGUGGGCUUCCUGCUGGCCGGGCCAGAAGAUGCUGUUAUUUGGCGAGGACCGAAGAAAAAUGGCAUGAUCAAGCAGUUCUUGCGAGACGUCGACUGGGGUGAGAUCGACUACCUGGUGAUCGACACUCCCCCAGGGACAUCCGACGAGCACCUGUCUGUUGUACAGUAUCUCAGUGAGACGAACGUAGAUGGUGCUGUGCUGCUCACCACACCUCAGGAAGUAUCCCUAAUGGAUGUCCGGAAGGAGAUCAACUUCUGUCACAAGGUCAAACUGCCCAUAAUUGGACUGGUAGAGAACAUGAGUGGAUUUGUCUGCCCCAGCUGUACGAAGUCCUCCGAGAUCUUUGCCCCUACCACAGGAGGAGGAGAGAAGAUGGCCCAAGAGACGUGCAUCCCAUUCUUGGGAAAACUGCCUCUCGACCCUCGCAUUGGUAAAUGUUGUGACGAGGGGAAGUCAUUCCUUGAGGAAGUCCCUGAUUCCCCAGCUACCCAGGCCUUCUCACAGAUCAUACAGAAAAUCACUGAGCAUUGCAGCAAAGCAGCUGUGAACCGAAGUGUGGAGACCGGUGAGAAGAUGGACACUAGCUGAUAAUACUGAGCCUAGGAUACUGACAUAUCUGGACAACACAUGAUCCUCACAUCACUCCUGUGUCACGGACAAUAUAGGUGAUAUCAACAUGCUUCCUACAUGCCCAUAGAUGGUACUGCUGCUUGCUGGCCACACAGCACGGUGUCUGACAGGGAAAUAUACAUGAUAUUAACACAGAUGGCAUAACUCGAGAUAUGUAGGUGUGCUGUCAUGAUGAGAACAGAUUAUUUUUGUUUCUCUGGUUUACAGAUUGCUUCAUGCACUGGUCUAACUGUGGGAACCAAAUAGAAUAAAAUAAGCCUUAUUUUGUGUUUUGAAAUAGUCUUAUGACUUUCUCUUGUCAGGUGAGGGGCGCUGGGGUAGCCUAGUGGUUAAAGCGUCCGCUCGUGACACGGAAGACCCGGGUUCGAAUCCCCACAUGGGUACAAUGUGUGAAGCCCAUUUCAGGUGUCCCGCGCCGUGAUGUUGCGGGAAUAUUGCUAAAAGCGGCGUAAAACUAAACUCAGUCAGUCUUGUCAGGUGAGCAGAGUUAAUAAGCUUGUCUUGUCAUUCUGUGUAACUUAUUGUAUACACAAUUUAUUCAGGUUUCGAUUUAACCAUGCAAAGACAUGCACCAGUGCAACCAAAUAUUAAAACAUGCAACGUAAUAUUUAUGUCUACAUGCACCAAGUGCAUGGUGAAGAUUUUCAAAUUUCUUUCUGACUAGCCUUAACUUUUCCACAGAACAUCGAACUGUGAACACUUUCAGUACCUCUGACUGAGCUUAUUUACCUUACUAUAUCACUGAUUUUGUAAGUUGUCGCUUUCAUUGGCUGGUCAUCAUCAUACGACUGUGUUCUCUUCAAGAUUAUGCGUGGUGCCCUUGUGCAAGUUCAGUCAAGUUCCUUAAAUUGAGCUGUUAUUUAUUGUGAACAGUAGGGCUGUGUAGUGUAUUCAUGAGUAUUGCAAUGUAUGUGUUGCAGGUAUCUGUAUUGCAAUGUACGUGUUACAGGUAUCUGUAUUGCAAUGUACGUGUUACAGGUAUCUGUAUUGCAGUAAACGUGUUACAGGUAUCUGUAUUGCAAUGUACGUGUUACAGGUAUCUGUAUUGCUAUGUACGUGUUACAGGUAUCUGUAUUGCAGUAUACGUGUUACAGGUAUCUGUAUUGCAGUGUACGUGUUACAGGUAUCUGUAUUGCAAUGUACGUGUUACAGGUAUCUGUAUUGCAGUGUACGUGUUACAGGUAUCUGUAUUGCAAUGUACGUGUUACAGGUAUCUGUAUUGCA